GUCCAUGCCGCAGCCAUAAAUCCCGUCGACAUACAACUAUGGGGAAACCCUAUUGUAGGUUGGCUAGCUGGAAAAAAAGAGAAGGGAAUAGGGAGGGAUUACUCUGGUGUGAUUGUUGCCGUGGGGGAUGAGGUGAAGAAGCAAGGGAGGUGGGAAGUCGGUGAUGAAGUGUUUGGAUUGUAUAAUAAACCUGCCGCAGAAGGAACAUUCACCCACUACCUCGCCGUCUCCCCCUCCACGUCUCCCCUGACCAAAAAACCGCCUUCGCUCCCCCACACCUCCGCAGCCGCCAUCCCCCUCGUGGCUCUAACCGCCUUCGCCUGCCUCGCGUGGCUGCCUGCUUCGCCGGGCUCGGCCAAGCACCCCUACCGCAUCAUUGUGUCGGGCGCAAGCGGGGGCGUAGGAACGCUGUGCGUGCAACUGGCCAAGCGGCUGUACGGCAGCCACAUCACGGCCAUUUGCUCGUCGCGCAACGCGCAGUUUGUGGGCGAGCUGGGUGCCGACGACGUGAUUGAUUACACUGCCCAGGAUGUCCGGCAGACGUUACUGGAAAAAGUGAGCAAAGAAGGUGCGGCGUACGAUUUGUAUGUCGACUGCGUGGGCGGGAUGGAGGUUUUUGGGUAUUGGACGCAGCUGCUGCAUAGACGCGGGGCGUACGUUACGAUUGUGGGGGAUAAGACGGAGAGGACGGCCAUGGGGGGGCCGCUGACGUAUUUUACUUAUCCGAGACAGGUGGCGAGGUAUGUAAGGGGGUGGCUUGUGGGACCGCGGUAUGCCAAUGUUAUGUUGCUUGAUAAGAGUGAGUGUUUGGAGCAGGUGGCGGGGUUGGUGGAGAAGGGGGAGGUGAGGGUUGUGGUGCAGGAUGUUGUCCAGGGCAUUUUGGAUGAAAAGACGUAUAAGGAGGCGUGGGAGAGGGUUAAGGGAGAGAUGGUGGGAGGAAGGGUUAGGGGGAAGAUUGUUGUUGAUGUU